AUGCCACAACUGGGAGGUACUCGGGAAGAAGAGAACAAUGAGACGACGGUAAAAAUGUUCUGCACACCAUCAAGCUCACCUUUUUCGUCACCAAGACGCUUCUUCACGCCUUCUGGAUCUUUCGCACUACAAAAACUCGCUGAGCAUCGAAGUCGUCGCGCAGAAUCGUAG